GAGAAGUCCCGUCACCGAGCCUCGCACUGAGCUAGGGGCGAGCUCCUUGCCAUGACGGCCAUUCGGUUGGAUGAGCUUAAGGAGGUGCUGUCUUUGCCGAACCUUUGGGACGUGAUCACCCAUGGGGACCAGGCGGACCGGCGCCGGUACGAAGUGGGCAUGGCCGCGGCUGGGCUGCUCCUGGCGGCGAGUUUGGUGUUGUCCCUGGGCCACCAAAGGGCGUUGCUGAAGGCUCCUGCGACGUCGACGCCGCGCCUGCGGGGGCUGUAUCAGUUGAUGCACCUCUUCCCCCUGGUGGUGGCUCUGGCUGCCUUUAUGCAGGUCGCUGCGCCCUCAUUUGCGGUGCCCGUCUUCAUCCUGCAGGAGAUUUGGGAGGCCCUGGCUCUGCAUUACUUCGGCCUCACCAUCAUUUGCCUCCUGGGCGGGGAAGAGGCAACGGUGCGUCGCCUCGCGGAUCACCGCGGCAGCCUCUGGCGGGUGCCGCCCUGCGGAUGUCUGGUGCCGCUGAUGCCAUGCCUCUGCCCGGACGCCCCCUUUGAUGCUGCGAUGUUAGCCAAGAUGAGGUGGAUGGUGGAGCAGUUCUGCUACGUGACGCCGUUGACGGCGCUGUUGGGUGCAGCCCUGGACAGGGAGCAGAACUACCAGAAGCAUUUGCAUGCCGCCCAAGGGGCGGUGCAAGUGAUGCGCCUGGCGUCCAUGUUCAUCUGCCUCCAGGCGCUCUUCGCUCUGUACAUGUUGUCGCACCAUGCGCUGCAGAAGUACAAGACCACCGCCAAGUUUCUGAGCAUCAAGGCUUUGAUCUUGCUGUCGGUGCUGCAGAAGGCUCUGGUGAUGCUUGCGCUUCAUGCAGGUGUCAUCGGCUUGCAUCCGUCGCGCCUCUUCACGGAGGCGGACGCGGCUUUGCGGCUGCAGGCCUUCCUGCUGCUGGCGGAGGUGCCUUUCCUCCAAGUCCUGGUGAACCGCGCCUUCCCGGCCGAAGAGCUGAGCGCGUCGGACCUUUUGGAGCCGCUGGCCUGAGCGUCACUUCAGGAGGUGUCCCUCUGCGCCUAUGGACCCCAGCGGAGCGAGUGGCGGCGAGCGGCACUUCCCGGUCUUUGAGCCGGAAAUGAUGGGAACGCGAGCGGUGAGACCCCUCAGUGCCCCUCAGAGUCAGGUUUCCCCCCGCCCCCUCUGGAAGGGGGCGAAUGUGACCUGAACGGAGGCCACGAACAGAGACUGACUCCUUUUGGACGAAAGGUCCGGCGAGCGCGAUCUAAAACUCGCGAUGCUCCAACUGGUGACAUGAAAUUGGGUCCCAGGUGCCGUUUGCGGAUCUUGCGGGGCUGGGAUUUGCGGUUAGAACCGGUGAAACCCGGUGACAGGAUGAGCCA